AUGAGAGACUCCUGCUGCAUUGGAAGAUUACCCGGGUACGAGGGUGAGGGUGGAUCGUUCCUGCUUCCAGGCAAACCUUGUCACAGACAGUGGGCCUUUGAUCGAAUACCCGGAGUUCAGCUAUUCGGAUAUGAUGAUAAACCCCUCACUGCAAUAGAAUCCAGGGACAUAUGUCUGGAGAAAUGCAGUGUGGAAGACAGUUUUGUAUGUCGGUCAGCCAGAUAUGACCGACUAAAUAAAACUUGUAUUCUCAGCAGGCAUGACCGAAGGACAGCACCUGAAGCCUUUCGUAGGUCACUGCAUCAAGUUGAGUACCUGGAAAAUCAAUGCAUUACAGAACCUUCUCGUUGCAUGUUCCACCAACAGAAUGGUCGGACUCUGGUGCAGGGUGGGCAUGUGCACGUGCAGGGUUCCGCAAUCACGAGAGAAGAGUGUGAAAAAGCCUGCAUCCACCAUUCCGACUUCACGUGCCGCUCGUUUGAGUUCGAUUCCGGGUCUAACCUCUGUCUUCUAAGUCCAGAUGAUUCUUAUUCCAUCACAGAUGGCCUCAGGGCACCCAGUGCCCAGGGACGAUAUUUCUACGAGAGAGGAUCCUGUAUUGAGGUCCAUAUGCAUUGUGAAGCCACGUCUAUGACUGCCAUUGUAAAAGUAAUAACUCCUUUUCGAGGUAGACUGUAUGCAUUGGGUCACCCAUAUGAAUGCUAUGCCGUGUCAGUGAGAUCAAAUGGGGAAGUGGCGUUGACUAUGCCACUUCAUGGAAGGACUUGUGGCACAAAAAAUCUGGGAAAUGGCACAUUUGUUAAUAGCGUGGUCGUUCAGCAUCAUCCUUUUGUUUUACGGAGUACAGACAGACGAAUUGAUGUAGCAUGUGAUUACGAAGAAGUACAACGCAAACUUAGAGGAGGAAAACAGGUCUUGGAAGGGGACCUAGUGAGCUUAACCCAAGUGAUUACAGGUCUUGCAGCUACACCACCAGUUAGAUUAAAGGUAGUGAAUGCGUCUGGAUAUGAAGUACACGGAGUUGAGCUAGGGGAACAAUUGUAUUUAAAAGUGGAAAUGUUGGAUGAAACUGUGUUUGGAAUUUUCGGAAGUGGACUUUUAGCCAGGAGCGGCAAGGGAACAGAGACAGUCAUGCUUAUAGACGACAGAGGAUGUCCAGUUGAGCCAGCAAUAUUUCCGGCUCUUGAAAAGUCAGGAGAUUCAAAAUCUUUGGUGGCUCCAUUCCAAGCUUUUAAAUUUGCGUCUGAAAGUACAGUGAAAUUUCAACUCACUGUUUCUUUUUGCUUAGAUAUGUGUUCUCCAGUGAGAUGCGAGGAUGAAGGAACCAAAGAAGUUCAUCAGUCUUACGGCAGAAGAAAAAGAUCCAAGGAUCUGCCUGAAUCCAAGAACCUAGAGCUACAAUCAGGAGACGUUGUGACUGAUAUAACCAUGGAGACGCCUUUAUUUGUCGUCAGCAGUGGAAAACAUUCACACACUUCUGAUAUUGAUUCUCAAAAACACAAGUUCACAACUUCAGGUGAGUUUGAAACCAUCCACUUCUCAGAGAAAGGAUUGUGUUUUACAAGACCAGUGCUGUACACAGUGGCAAUUGUUGGAAGCGUGGCGCAAGUAGCUGUCUUCGGAUCGUGUUUCCUUCUUUUUAUUUUCGUUCGCAAAUGCAGAAGAAUUACUCAACAACAAGUUGGGUACAUGAGCAGUCGCAGUUCCGUGUCCAGUAAACAGGAACUUUGUCCAAGUACAUAGCCUUUUGGAGAACAGUCAGUGAGGGAAAAAGGCUUUAAAACGUUGAGAA